AUGGCGGCCUUCGUCAUUGAGUUGGCGGCGGCGGCGGCGGCGGCGGCUCGUCAGUCCGGGCGCGGGAGGAGGGAGCCCGAGGAUGCGUUUGACAUGCCAGACGAUCAGUUUCGGCGGCACUUUCGCCUGAAGAAAGAAACUGUGCGGUGGCUGUGCGACGAAGUGGCGGAGGAACUCGGAGGCGUGAGAACUUCAGCGCUGUCGGUGGAGCGGCAAGUGUUGUGCGCGUUGCGAUUCUUCGCAACGGGCAGCUUCCAAGCCUCGGUAGGGAGCGAGGAGACGAUCGGCGUGACCCAGCCUGCGGUCAGCAAGUGUGUGCGACGCGUGGCGGAGGCAAUCGUCCACGCCGGGGCCCGCAACAAGUGGGUCCAUUUCCCGAGGACGUCGAAGGAGAAGGCGGCCGUGAAGGAAGGGUUCCUUCGACGCGGCUCCAUUCCCGGCGUCAUCGGAUGCGUGGACGGCAGCCUUAUAGCCAUCAUCGCACCGAAGGGCGAGCAGAAGGCGGCAUUCAUGUGCCGCAAAGGCUACUACGCCCUCAACACAAUGUUCAUCUGCGACGCAGGCAUGCGGAUCCUCGCCGUCGACCCUCUGCGACCGGGGUCAGACCACGACGCCCACGUCUGGAGAACUACGUGGUUGCGUCGUCGGUUUCUGGAGGGGCAUAUUGCCAAGGCCGGCGAACACCUCCUCGGUGACAGCGGCUACCCCCUGGAACCAUGGCUCCUGACCCCAGUCACAGGCCACCCUCCCAUACACACUGCAGAAGGCAGGUACAACACUGCACAUGCCGCCAUGCGGUCCGUAGUGGAGCGGUGCAUUGGGCUCCUGAAGAGCCGCUUUCGCUGCCUUCAGCGGUACCGCGCCCUCCACUACGAGCCAGAACGCGCUGCCAACAUCGUUGCAGCAUGUGCAGUGUUGCACAACUUGUGUCUCGACGAAGGUGACGUGUUAAUAGAUGAUGUUAGUGAUGACAGCAGCAACAGCAGCAGUGAUGAUGAAAGUGUUAACCCCUCCCCACAGAGAGUUCCCCGAGUGAGGGCAUCACGCAUAAUGUACCUGAGAGGCUGUGCUGCCCGGGACAAUGUUAUUCGCUCAUUUGGCACGACACGGCAGCAGCACCAGCACUACCUGCAAAGGGUGCGAAGGCGGCUGCGUCGGCAGCAGCACCGACAGCAACAAUAAACACGUGUCUGACACUGCAGGCAGAUGUUUAUUACUGCUGUCUACACACCUAAUAGAGAGCAGGAACCAAUGUGAAGAAAUGUGUGCAAUUAGUG